AUGCAUCAACCUAUGGCUUCUUUUCAAUUGGUAUCCGACAUCCAUCUGGAAGCUCCCCGCGCAUACGACCUAUUCAACAUCCCUUCGAAAGCGCCCUAUCUGGCCCUUCUAGGCGACAUCGGCUAUGUCAGCGACAAUGGCUUUUUCGCCUUUCUUGAAGGCCAGCUUCGAAAAUUCCAAGUGGUUUUCUUAGUAUUAGGAAACCAUGAGCCCUGGAAUUCCACUUGGGCGACGACGAAGGACAGGCUGAAACGUUUCUCUGAUAGUGUUCGCCAGAGAAAGGCUUCGGGAGAAAGUACAAAUGCCGAAAAGAAACUCGGAGAGUUUGUCUUCAUGGAUCAAACACGCUACGAUAUCUGCCCAGACGUCACAGUACUAGGGUGCACGCUUCACUCCAGAAUCACACAGAGCCAGGAAGAGCGCGUCUCCCUGUCACUCAACGACUUCUACCAGAUCAAGAACUGGGAUGUAGAGAGCCACCGUGCCGCACACGAGGCUGAUCUCGCCUGGCUCAACAACCAAGUCACCUACCUCGCCCAAUCGGAUCCGCAUCGCAAGAUCAUUAUCUUCACUCACCACUGUCCCACACUUGACGCUCGCGCAACUGAUCCUGCGCAUGUGAACAGUCCCAUUACGUCGGCUUUCGCGACAGAUCUCACUGGAGAGCCGUGCUGGGAGAAACCCCAGGUGCUCUUAUGGGCGUUUGGACACACGCAUUAUAAUUGUGAUUUUGUCGACAGUAGAACUGGGAAACGCGUUGUGGCGAAUCAAAGAGGCUAUUAUUUUGCGCAGUCAGAAGGUUAUGAUCCGGAACUGGUGGUUCGCGUAUAG